AGACUCAGGAUUCCCAUCUCCCGCCAAACUGUGAGGCUGGGGUUUCUCUUCCCGCCAGAGGUGCUGUCAGGCAAAACCCCCAAGGCUCAUGGAGGUGUUUGACCCCAACGAGCUGCCCGAGCUUCUCAAGCUUUACUACCGGAGGCUCUUUCCCUUCUCCCAAUACUAUCGCUGGCUCAAUUAUGGCGGAGUGGUAAAGAAUUAUUUUCAACACCGGGAGUUUUCAUUCACACUGAAAGAUGAUAUAUACAUUCGCUACCAGUCUUUCAACAACCAAAAUGAGAUGGAAAAGGAAAUACAGAAAUUGAAUCCAUACAAAAUUGAUAUUGGAGCAGUGUAUUCCCACAGACCCAUUCAACAUAAUGCAGUGAAGCUAGGGGCUUUUCAAGCUCAGGAAAAAGAGCUGGUGUUUGACAUUGACAUGACAGACUAUGAUGAUGUGAGGAGGUGCUGUAGUUCUGCAGAUAUAUGUUCUAGAUGCUGGACCCUUAUGACAGUGGCCAUCCACAUCAUAGACAGAGCUCUAAAAGAGGACUUUGGAUUUAAACAUUGCCUCUGGGUAUAUUCUGGAAGGAGAGGUGUUCAUUGCUGGGUCUGUGAUGAAACAGUCAGAAAAUUGUCCUCAGCAGUACGCUCUGGGAUAGUAGAAUAUCUAAGUCUUGUAAAGGGCGGAGAAGAGAUGAGAAAGAAGGUUCAUCUCGGCACAAAGAUUCACCCUUUCAUCAGAAAAUCAAUAAAUAUAGUAGAAAAAUAUUUUGAAGAAUAUGCCCUGGUUGGUCAAGAUAUUCUUGAAAAUAAAGAGAACUGGGAUAAAAUUUUAACUCUUGUCCCUGAAUGUAUUCAUGCUGAUCUUCAACAAGGAUUCCAGAAAUGUCAUAAUUCAGUCCAGCGCUGGGAGCAUUUGAAGAAAGUAAUGAGCAAAAAUCGGGCUGUUAAAAAUGAGAAGUUCGGACCCUGGGUAGAGUGGGAAAUCAUGCUACAAUACUGUUUUCCUCGGCUGGAUAUUAAUGUUAGCAAAGGAAUCAAUCAUUUAUUGAAGAGUCCAUUCAGCGUUCAUCCUAAAACAGGUCGUAUUUCUGUUCCUAUUGAUUUGCAGAAAGUGGAUCAAUUUGACCCAUUCACCGUUCCUACCAUAAGCCAGAUCUGUCACGAAUUAGAUACGGUCUCCACUAACGAAGAUGAUGGGGACAAGGAGAAUGAAGCUGAACCUGAAACCAAGCGUCGAACUAGAGAUUAUAAGAAGACAAGUCUGGCUCCCUACGUGAGAAGCUUUGAACAAUUUUUAGAAGAACUGGAUAAGUCCAGAAAAGGAGAACUUCUGAGGAAGAGUGAUGCACAGAGAGACUUCUGAAGACAACAGCUCCCUUUAUACCAAAGUGGAUUUCUCUGACCUUCAACCAAUAGCUCAUUACAUCCAAUCAUGUUGGACCAUGCACAAUAUAAUUAUUGGGUCAUAGCUUACAAAUGUUAACAGAAGUUUAUAUUGAAAAGGUUCCUAAUGCCAUUAAAAAUAUAUUUUACAAAUGUAAGGCAUCUGGCAGAAAGAGAAUUUGGUGAUAGUUGAAUUUGAUAUCAUUUUCAAAGUAUAUUUUUUUUUUUGUAGAGGAGAAAUCAGGCUUUCACAGAUUCCAGUUCAUUAGCUUUCUGGAAUAAUUUGUAACACAGGGGUACCUUUAAUAUUUUUUGGUAACCACAGUUUUCACCUUAGUUACUAAAAAUAUUAUUAAAGGCAUCUGAGCGAUAAUACACUCAAGAUCCUAAUUUCAAUUCACUGGAAAGAGGAGAUUUUCCUGAUAGAGGAAGGGUUUGUCCUCAAGUUUAUUAAUGUCGUGUAUGUUCUUAAGUCACAACAGAACUUUUCCGAGUUUUUGUUGGUCAGCCAUUCAUACCCCCAGUGCCCAGCCUUCGCAAUUAAUUUUUAAGUAGCACAUAGAAACUUUUUUACCUUUUAAAAAAUUUUUAAUUUAAAACAACCCCCCCCCAAUAAAUGAGCCUUUCCAUACAAAACAGAGGAUUGCUUAUGAAACUGUGAAUCUCUGCUUCAUACUUCUUGCUUUUUUAAAAUGAUAAAUUUUAUAUGUUGCUUUCCAAACCAACUUGCUUAUCUAUACUUAUUUCUAUUCUCUUCUAUGCAUUUUUUAAAAAUGUUUCAGUGGCCCACUUUAUUUGGCAUCGUAACUGCUAAUAUGCUUUCUCCCCCAACCCCCACCCUUUACUCCUCCAUUAAAAACUGAAAAAAACAAAACUUGUAACACCUAAGUCAAACAAAACGAAUCCACAUAGUGACCGAGUUGAAAAAUGUAUAUCUCUUUCUGAACUUGACUCCAUCACUUUUUUGUCAGGAGAUGGACAACGUGCCUUGCCUCUGGAGACGUGGUUGGUCGUUGCAUUGAUCAGAGUUCUUAAAUUUACCCUUCUAGCUUUUUCUUGUCUUUGAGUUUUCAUUUCCUUGUUUUUAUUCAGUGAUGGUCUUUUCUUCAGAAAUGCUUAAAAGUCUUCUAUUCCAUUUCAUUUUUAAAAUUUCAGCCUUACUUGCUGGUUUAACACUAUUGAUCCUAAGUAUUCUUCAUGGCUGUUUCCAAAGAAACUACUUGCCGCUACUUCUUGUUCCCAUGUUCUUAGAAUUCUAAAAUUAAGGAACAGUCUGGAAAUAAAUAUUGGCUAACCUUACUGUCAAAGACUUAGAGUUAUGUGAUAAAAAGCACGUUGACAUUUUAAACUAGCCAAAUACUUUACUUUGAAAAUAUAUUUUUAAUUUGGUUUCAUCCAGGUACCUAAUUUUGUAUCAAUAUGAUCCAAGUGACAGAUUUCUUUUAUUUACCAUUAAACUUUUAAAAUGCUUUAUUAAUGUUCUUUUUUCAUAUUAAUGUACUUCCUACCAACUCACCUCUCCUUUGCCCCCAAGGGGAAGCCCUCCAGUAUAGAAAAUUUAUAUAAUCAGGCAAAACAUCAAAAUAUUGCCCAUAUCCAAAAAAUGUACAUCUGAUUCUGGACCUCUGUUCUUUCACUUCUCUACCAGUCAGUAAAUAUGUAAGUGCUUACAGGCACUAUGCCUGGUGUUGGGGAUACAAAUAUUAGUAAGUCCCUACUUUCAAGGAGCUUACAACCUAAUGCAGAGGGAGGGAACCAUACAAAAGAAAGCUGAAAAGAGAUGGUGAAAGGGCCCACAUGGACUGAUGGAGAAGCCAAAGUUCAUUCACAAUGAGUGCUGGUGAGUGAGAAAUGAGACAUCAGUCCCAUUCCACUCUUUAAAUGGAGAAAUUUAUGGUUCUACUCUCCAAUCAGAAGGGCAGAAGGUACUAAUGAAGUACAAGAAUCAAGGCUGAUUACAUCUUACAAGAUAAUGAGAUUUCCCAAUGAUGAGUUUACUGGGAGCAUGGGAGAACCCAAAAAGUCCACAACAAAAGUACCCAGGUGGGAAAUGAGAUGCCACCAAGACAUCCCCAGCCCUUAGCACAAUGCCUGGCACAUUUGUUGUUGUGUUCAGUAGUGUCUGAGUCAUGACCACGUGGACCAUAGCACACGAGUCCUUUCUGUCCUUUACUAUCUCCCAAAGUCUCUCCAAGCUCAUGGUCAUUGUUUCUAGGACACUAUCCAUUUCAUCCUCUGCCAUUCCCUUUUCCUAUUGCCUUCACUCCCAACAUCAGUCUUUUCCAAUGAGUCCUGUGUUAUCAUCAUGUGGCCAAAGCAUUCCAGCUUCAAUAUUUUACCUUCCAAUGAAUAGUCUAAGUUAUUUUCUUUCUCUAAGUAUUAAUUGAUUUGAUCUCCUUGCUGUCCAAGGGAAUUUCAAAAGUCUUCUCCAGGCCCACAAUUUGGAAGCAUCAAUUCUGCAGUACUCAGUUAUUCUUAUAGUCCACUUCUCACAGCCAUACAUUGCUGCUGGAGAAACCAUAGCUUUAACUAUGUGGACCUUUGUCAGCAAGACGCUGUCUCUCCUCUUUGUAUGCUGUCCAGAUUUGCCAUAGCUUUCUUUCCAAGGAGCAAGCAUCUUUUAAUUCCAUGGCUGCAGUUACCAUCUGCAGUGAUCAUUGAGCCCAAGAACAUAAAAUCUGACACUGCUUCCAUUUCUUCUCCCUCUUUGCCAGGAUGUGAUGGGACCAGUUGCCAGGAUCUUAAGUUUUUUGAUUUUUUUUAUGUUAAGCUUCAAACCAUCUUUUACACUCUCCUCUUUUACUCUCAGAGGCUUCUUAAUUCUUCACUUUCUGCCUUCAGAGUGGUAAUGUCUGCACAUCUGAGACUAAUAUUUCUCUUAGCAGCCUUACUUCUGGCUUUUGAUUUGUCCAGCCUGUCAUUUCACAUGCUAUGCUCUGCAUAUAUUACAUAAGUAAGGUGACAAUAUACAGCCUUGUCAUGCCACUUUUCCAGAUUUAAACCAAUUAUUUGUUCCAUGUCUGGUUCUAACUGUUGCUUCUUGGCCAGCAUACCAGGUUCCUAAGGAGACAAGAUGAUCUGGUACUCCCGCCUCUUUGAGGACUUGUCACAUUUUGGUGUUACCCCACACAGUCAAAGGUUUUAGUGUACUCAAUGAAGCAGAAACAGAUUUUUUUUCCUGGAACUCUCUUCCUUUCUCCAUAAUGCAACAAAUGUUGGCAAUUUGGUCUCUAGUUCCUCUGUCUCUUUGAAAACCAGCCUGCUGGGGCAGCUAGGUGGUGCAGUGAGUAGAACACCGGCCCUGGAGUCAGUAGGACCUGAGUUCAAAUCCAGCCUCAGACACUUGACACACUAACUGUGUGACCUUGGGCAAGUCGCUUAACCCCAAUUGCCCUGCCUUCCCCCCUGC